UGGUUUAUUUUUCUGCGCCGUUCAGGAAAGUCGACUCCAUUCAUAAUCGCCGCGAAUCGGGAUCGUCGGCUCGUGCCGCCGGUCGAAUACAAAGAUGCCGUGCGAAGAUGAAGGAAGCCUUCUGGUUGCCAUUAUCGACACAAAUCCGUGCGCCAGUUUGCUGGAGAGCGAUCAGGGAAUCGUUUCCAAGCUUCUGGACGCCCUCAGCGUAUUCUGCAACUCCCACCUCAUGCUCAAUCCCUGCAACAAGUUAGCAAUCAUCGCAAGCCAUUCUCACAAGAGCACCUUCAUCUAUCCUAAGCCCCAGGAAUCUUCGUCUGACACAUACUCUGUGGAUGGCCAGUACGAGCUGUUCACCGAGGUGACCGGAGCGAUCAAAGACGGAGUCAAGGAGCUUGUCCUUUCCGAUGAUUCGGAGUCCGCUGCUGGGGAAUCCCUUUUGACAGGCGGACUGAGCCUCGCCCUCUGCUACAUCAAUAGGAUAGAAAAAGAGUCGUCGUCACAGAACAAGAUUGCUUCAAGAAUUCUUGUGCUGUCGGCAUCUGGAGAAAGUGCCUCACAAUAUCUCAACUUCAUGAAUGUCUUCUUCACUGCACAAAAAAAGAAUGUCAUCAUCGAUGCUUGUGUUCUUGAAAAAGACUCUGGCUUGCUUCAACAGGGCUGUGACAUCACGGGAGGAAAGUAUAUGAAGGUUCCAAACCAUGCUGGCUUGUUGCAGUAUUUGCUGUGGGUGUUCCUGCCGGACAAGACCUCCAGGAACUACAUGGUCUUCCCACCCCCAGUCCACGUGGACUACAGGGCAGCCUGUUUCUGCCACAGAAACCUCAUCGAGAUUGGCUAUGUGUGCUCAGUGUGUCUCUCCAUAUUCUGUGCUUUCAGCCCUAUCUGCUCCACGUGCCAAACGGCAUUCAAGUUCACCGGUCCCCUUCCAUCACUACUCAAGAGCAAGAAAAAGAAGCAGAGGCUCGGGAUAUAAGCACCUCAUCUGCAGCAUUUCGUAUAUAGUAUUUAUUGUUUUCCAGGAAAACAAUAAAGUAAAGCCGUUUUCACGCUC